AACAGCAACAGAAAGAAUUGCAAAAUUUGUAAAGAAUUGUAGAAGUUUCAUACAAGUCUUGAGCGCUUUGUGUUGGACAAUACUACGAUCUUUCCGGUUUCCUGGUUGGUGGACUCCAACAACCACUCUUGUUGAGGUGACUCAACAACGUGCCCUGUCCGGAUUCAAAUCUCGAUUGAACCAUGACCCUUAAACCACACCCUUGUGAUAUUAGGGGUGAAUAUAUUAAUCAAUAGAAAAAUAAUCUUCAAAUUGAACAAAAAUUGUUAUGUACUUGUUAGUACCAACAAGGCCCAUUAGAUACUAAUUACAUAUGAACAGUUAUAGUUUGAAAAAUUUCGAAACUAUAACUUUCUUAUAGGUGGUAUAAUAGUAACCUAUGAAAUUUAUAUUGCAAUGGGCUUGCCAGUAAAAAUAAUGAACUUAAAAUGCAUCUAAAACCAUUCAGCACACGGACAGAAACCACAUAAAGCAAAAUGCUACCGUAAAUAUAAAGUUUUAUACAAUUUGCAAAACAUUGUUACUAUCCUGCUACCUUAACAUCCAACAAACCCUACACCGGUAGCAAUACGUUCCUUGUCAGAAAAUUAAUCGAUUUUACAUUGCAUCCCAGGCAUGCGCCCUUGCACAUUACCAUUGCUUUUCGGACGAAAGCAACAAAAAAUCGAAACAGAGACAGUUUACAUCUUUUAGUUUAUGUGCGCGUAAUCCCGAAAAGGAAGUUAAAGUUUUUUCCGCGUUCGUUUGUAACGUACUGGAGGCAUAGGAAGUAGGAAGUUCUGAAAGGAAACCGUCUGCAUCUAAGGCAAAAAUAUGUUGAGGAGUCUCACAGCUGCUUCAUCUAGUGCAACCUUUGUCCAGAUGAUGAUACAUUGAGGGUCUGGGCAUCGCAUACGGUGGUGCUUGUGAACAUUCGAGUGUGGUUAAAAGUAUGGUAAAAUUACUAAGUGUCUGUGUUAACAUAUUCAUAUAUCAAAGCAGGAAUUGACAAACGCUCUGCAAUUCAAAAUCAAAUAUACAUCAUUCAACAUUGUUAUAUAGUGCAAGCUGCACUAUUUCUACAUCAACUUGAGGUAAAAAAAGGCUUUAAAAAAGACAGGCAUCAUCGUACCUAGUGCAAUAUCUCACAGCCUGUUUCAAUGUGUAAAUGAACUCCAUCUGGAGUUGCUAGCUAGAAAGCCUAAUUUGCGCGUGUAACGUAUGUUACAUUGUCUUGUGGUGAAAAUUUAAUAAUACAAACGAUGGAAGAACUGCUAAUGUCGAUAGUGAAGGAAGCGAUCGGGAGUAAGCUGCAAAAUCUGAAACAGGCCGCACAAAUCGCACACGAGAAGCUAUCCCGCCAGCAUGGUAUGCACCGGGACCCAUCCUAUGAGUUGCGCUCCGUUUGUUUCACUGCCCUGCAAAUGGCGCUGGAGACGAAACGACCCAAGUUUAUUACCUAUGGACUGAACGGUUUGCAUCGAAUCAUCCGUGACGAGCGGUUUUUUAUUGGGCUGGAACCGGAAGAUGACUCCCUCUGGCUGCCGGCACAGCUGCUCCGCGCUACAUCCAGUCUCUCCACCAUCGCGAACGAGGACACGGUGGUGAAUGUGUUGCGCCUGAUCCUGGCGAUGGCCUGCUCGCAGACGUGCACACUGAACGGUCGCUUACUGAUCGAGAUGCUGUCCAAGUGUGGCGAAUGUUGGGAAAAUGGUUCACGCGCCGUUAAGGCAGCCUCGCUAGCCGCCGGCAGCCAAUGUUUGCGUACAUUCUGCGCCUUCCUGAAGGAUGAGGCAGAGGAGAUCGUACGCCUCGAUCCGACCGGUAUCAUCAGCCUCGGUAUGGCGGCGGCUGUCUAUAACGAGGUAAUACCGGUAAUGCAAUGGCUCUGCAGCAGACUCGUCGAACCUGCCAGCGGUAACACCAAGGCAAGUGAUAGUGCGACGAAUAGUUCACUGUACCUUAUGGAAUGCAUACUGACGCUGGUAGUGUCACUACCGUCGGAUGUCCACGCUAAUCCACACUUUACCGCAUUUCUGUGGCAAAAAUUCUGCCCCACCUUAGCCGCAACGAUGGGUUCGCCGGGGCGCGUCAACAAGGACAAGAAAUUCACUUAUCGCGAUGCAAUACAUCUGAUCGAAAGCGAAAAUCGAGGAUUCUUUACACGGCCAGGUUUGGAUGGUCCGCAGGCUCGCUGCAUCUACCUGACAAGCAUUCAGCUACUGCGAAUAGCAGGUGCGCAAGGUAGCUUACGACCAAUGCUAGAGGCAUUGUUCCACCGGAUGCUAUUGCUACCAGUUCCAAGUAAUAGAGCGGAACCACUGCGCUAUGCGCGUGAAAUCUUCAAGUCACCGGAGCGACUUAUUGAUCUCGCCAUCAUUCUCUAUCCGGACAAAACCCAGAGUAGUAGCGAUGAUAUGGCUCUGUUUCGGCUGUUAAUUGAUGCAAUGGAGGAGUGUGCAGCUGCUUGGCAUCAUGGAAGUGCCUCAGUGUACGGUGCACUAAGCUCAAGCGUGGAGUGUGUGGUAGCACUGCUGGAAAGUCUCCAAGUACUAUCGUCUGGUAAUUUCGAUGAAACACUCAUCGGCGACCGGAUUGCAGAAGCGGUGAACGAACGCUAUGCGAUACUGUCCGAUGCUGACUACACCGGUCCACUCACGUAUCAGUCGAUGACUCGAUUACCACCUCCAUAUCGGGACGCUGUAGCCGAACUGCGUCAGAGCGGGUUUGAAUCAUCAUCCGAAUCGGAUGCGGACGGUCCACUGGAGCAAGGGACAAUCGAUCCGGAGCUCGGUUCGGUCGGUUCGGGUGAUACCGAAGGUCCGGAGGACGAAACACAUUCGUCCGGUGAUGAUGUGUCGUCGAAAACGAGCCAAGGCAAUUGGCUGUGGGCGCAUAUCGACGAUUCUGGUUCGAGCGGACGUUCGGAUGGUGAUUGUGAUAGGCAACACGCACGUGAUUUUGCUGCCGUACUAGCAGGUGAGCUUGUACCAUCGCUGUUACGGCUCAAGACAUCGAUCGAGAUUGAUGAAGCGGUGCAGGAGUUUGCAUCGCGUGUCUGCCAGCGCAACAGUGCAACGCGCGGUGACGCCGAUUACAGUGCCCUCACAGCACUGAAUGCGGAUGGAAUCUAUCUAGCUACGUAUUCCGCACUACUGCUGGCGUUGCAACUUGUCAGCGGUGGUCACUAUAACGAUGACGGUGGUGGUGGUGGAUGCAGUGACGGUCAGAAACCGGCCACGAUUCCACUCACCGAACAGCAGUUUGUAACGUCGGUGCAGAAUUCUGGCAUACUGGUGUACUUGUCGGCUGCUUGGCUUCGUGAGCUGUACCAAUGCAUUCUGGCGGCAAAUCCGUUGCAAGCGUUAAGCAUCACGCUGCGGGUCGGUGAACAGACGGGUGGACAUUGCGCUUUGCUCGACAUGCUGCACGAUGCAGGUGGUACCGGCCCAACACAGAUGCUUUCCGACUGGCAACGGUUGCAGUCGGUCGUACGGAUACACAGUGAGCAGACAGCGAAACAACGGGCAGCACGUAAAAUCGCUCGUCGUCUGCUAACCUGUUGCUGGGACUCGAUGGUAGCGGUAUUGACAGCUGGAUUAGGCGAGGUAGACGGUUCACCGACGGCACGUCUUGUAAAGCUAUCGAAAAAGACGCUCCGCGUACGAAAAGAAACUCGCGGCUCGGGAGAAACAUUGUAUGCGCUGAGCCUGGAUGGGCUCCAUGCAGCAGCGACACUUAGCAAUGCGCUCAGUCUGCAACACUUGGCCGGGAAAAUCAUCAACCUUAUUGCAUCGAACGUGUGCCAGAACGCAGGUCCUAAAAUCCCGGCUAGCCACGCACUCUCCAUGGACGUUGUAUUGUCGGGAGGGCUUGAGUUGGGCUCCCACAGUGCCGACUGCUGGUUGCCAGUAUUUUCCGUCUGUCGCCACGUAACCCAGCUGGAGCAUGAUCUAUUCAGCUCGCAAAACAAUACCACCAACGUAGGCAAUGCCUCGGGCGUUGGACAAUGCAAAGACGCUUCGGAUCAACAGUUCGGCAAGAAUGAUUCACAGUCAGACAGGCAGCAUCUUUCACUCUACUCCGUUGAUGAGGAUGAAACAUGUGUCGACGUAUAUAGCUUUCUGCAAGCACCGAACACAAAUGCCAAUAUUAACGUUAUUACCAUACUGAAAGCGUACUCGGGUAAUGAUGCGGUAAAUCUAACGCAAACGGAUACCGCCAAAAUGCUGUGUGCACUGUCGCAUCAAGCCGACGUACUGUUUUCGGAGGCUGCCGAGCGACUCAGCUUGCCUGCGCUGCAGCAGUUCCUGAGGAGUUUAUGUCGGGCUUCAAGGGAACAGCUUUAUCGCAGCACGUCGCUCAAGAAGGGCAAGAAGUCCUGGUGGCUAGGUCGACCAUGGAAGGUAAAGAAUGAUUCCUUGCCACUCUCGUUACUGUUGCACCGAGUUGGAGAUGUAACGUUGAAGGUAUUCCGAGGUCCUCGCCCACUGUUGCAUGUGCUCAAAGUGUGGGCAAUUACUGGGCCACACCUGAUGGAUGCCGCUUGUCACAAGGAUCGCAGUAUCUCGAAGCGUGCGAUUGAGUACAUCCACGAUAUCAUAACAGCGCUGUUGGUAGAGCAGACUGAGUUACCGCAUUUUCACUUUAAUGAGGCGUUGCUUAAACCGUUCGAAAAUUUGCUUAGCAUGGACACGUGUGACAUUGACGUGCAGGAUCAAAUCGUGGCGUGUCUGUACGAGAUUGUUGAAGCACACCGUACGGAGAUACGGUCCGGGUGGAGGCCACUCUUCGGUACGUUACGUACUGCCCGUAACCGGCCGGUACAUCUGUCCAACAUCAUCGACAUCUUUCGCGUAUUUCUCGAAACGGACAACAUGCUGGUAUUCGCUAAUGCGGGACUCGAUUGCAUACUCUGUCUUUUAUCGUACCUUGAGAUUUCUGGCAGUGGCCCAUCGGCAACCGACCACGGCCAAUAUCCGGCGGCAGGUUCGGAAGACAUAUCGCUAACCAUGCGCUCAGGCGACUUUCUGUACGAUGCACUCAAAUUCCUUGAGCGAUGUGCCUCCAUACUAGACUUUAUGUACAACAUGCCGCAGUGUCCAAAUUUGCACUCGACGUACAAAAUCAAGGGCAUUACCUAUACGCACAUAAUAGACGCGAAUAUACCAAACUCGAUGGAAAACUUUACGUUCUUCGGGCAGGACUAUCUGCAGAACACGAACGAGCAGUGUAUGAUCAGUUAUCGGUCCCUGCACAUCGACAAGGAAUCCAUUCGAAAAAUCGACGAGCUUGACCGACCGAGCGGUGUGCUGAAGGUGUGGUUUCUUCUGCUGGAUGGUCUCACAAACUCACUGAUCGUGUGCCCAAUAGCACACCAGUCGCCAAUACUGCAGUCCAUAUUUAAACUCUUCAAGGCACUCAUGAUCAGCCCGGGGGUGGAGUUUGGUUUCUACUGCAUCAAUCACCUGCUGAUACCGAUGAUACAGGAUUGGUUACGAUACGUAAACAAGGCCCAGAAAAAUUGGGUACUGAUUGAGAAAAACUUUAAGCAUUGCUGUUGCAUGACUACCGAUCUGGUCGUAGACUUUCUGGCAAAAUCACAAUCGCUCGAAACGUUGGGUGAUCGUGUGGUGAUCGGUAGCGAGUCGUUGCUCGGCCACAGCACGUUGAACACAACGCCCCCAUCUACCGCUAGGUCUAACAUGCGCGGCUCGACAGACGGAAAGUACCAGCGGCAAAGCAAAUCCCGCGAUGAUGAUCAAUCAGCGGGCAAGGCGUUCGCUUCGACCCGUCUUCCUAGCUCAGCCAUAUUAGCACUCAAACAGCUGCUACUGGUGCUGAUCGAAUGUUCUGCUCAGUCGCAGGAAACAAUCGCAAGGGUCGGUGUCUCCUGCAUGAAACACAUCAUCUUCUCCGCAGGCUAUAUGUUUGAUGAAGAUCAGUGGGUAAUUAUCGCAUCCGCCAUCCAUCGUGCAAGUACGGUUUCGAUGGCACCCCUGAAGCAGUUAAUAUUUGCGUUCAAUCGCAACUCGAAUAGUUUCUAUGGAGAUUGUGCGAAUGUGAAGGUGGCCGCUCGACGGGACAGUACGCCGGAAGAAUUGCAGCGGAUUCAUUCCUUAGCGCAGCAGGUAUUCCUCAUGGACACUCAACGAGAUGCGCUUGGUGGACGCAACCUUGCAGUACCGCAGGAAGACAGAUCUUACUCGUUUUUGCUGUACCCACUGCAGUGCAAUGGUGGAAUGACACCGUCAGUAACUACCGCUACUGCCGGAUCAACUCACGCGACCGGGAUAUCUUCGUCGUACGGGUUAGCAGUAGAUUGCUACAUCAUUCGCAUUCCAUAUCGCAACUUGAUUGUAGGGAUGCUUGCCAGCCAGAUGUUGCUACAGUUAAUCGCAAACAUCCUACUGAGCGGUCUCUCCAAUGUACCGAGCGAGCUCAACACCUGUUUCUACACUAGCGGCGCAGAUACUGCUACAGGUGGUUCAGCUGCGACUCCACCCAACACGUCCGUUGGGUCAAAAACGUUGUUCUAUCUCGGGCAGAACAGCAAAGAGAUACUGCUGCGUGCUUUACGACAGUUUCUGAUAGCUGCAGUCGAGUUUGAUACACGUCCCGGAUUGAAAUUCCUGAUACAAAAAGUGUCCGGCAUUGACUAUGCCGCCAAUCUGUACAAACAGAUGAAUUCGUCCUGGAUCAUUCACUAUAUGGCACUGGUGGACAUGUAUCUGAACAACGUGCGCAUACAUAACCUCACAGCGGAGGACGUGCGAUAUCUGCUCAGUUCGUGUUGCGACCAGUACUCGUCCGGAUUGCAUCCAUCAAAGGGUGACGAAAAAUGUAUCCAUUAUCUGUUUGCAUUGCGGGAUCUCUGGGAGAUGAUCGCCGAUCACUUCAUACAGCACCUUGAGAGUGAUCGGGAAUGCAACUUUACCCGCAAGCCACACAAAUAUUCGGAAGUUUGUGAAGAGUUGGAUAACCAAUUCGGGGAGAAUCGCGAAUGCGCCGAGCCAGGCAUCGUUUACUAUGCGGACCAAUCAAGUGAAGAUUGUGGACAGCAGGCAUCGGGAUUGAAGCCGAGUAACGAAGCUCUCAGAAAGACGGCUAAUGGAGAGGGAGAAAUUGUAGGCAUUCCGGUAAGAAGAGAUCCGAGAAAUUUAUCACAUCCGCACCAUCCUUGCUACUUGCCUAACACUAAUGGGCAAUCAACGCAAGAACCGGCGAAAGAGUUCGAGCCACCAAAUCAACAGCAACCGGAGCUCACCGAACAGCCACAGGUAUUGAAAAAUGCAACCAAAUGCGAAAGCCAACCACUGACGACCACCUCGGACAGUGAGCGGCAGAAACAAUCAAUACCGCCGGAAAUUGAACAACAGCGUGCACUUAGCAUCCAAAAAGACGUAUCGCAUAAAACAUCUGCCUUAAGACAGCUUAUCGUUGCUUCUAUUGAGUUGAUUAAGCUUUUGCCGAACGAGCAGUCAGAGUUUCUACAGCUGCUGCUUACACCCCGCAUACGGGAAGCGUUUCACUUUGUCGAGGAAAAGAAUCCAUUCCUAUCGCUGGACGCACAGAAUUAAAUGAACUUCUUCAUCACCGGAUCGAGCGGAGUAAGCGGCCAGUUUGCAUUGCAUGGCCUCAGUAUAACACACACACACACACACACAUACAUAGAACAGGUGGGAGGAAUUAAUGCCGCAUUAUAUUAGGUGCUUGAACAGAUAACAUUGGAAUUGCUACAUUUUGUGUAUAUACUGCUCAUAUUAUUGUACGGACUUACCAUUUCAUGUUGAUUGCCGUCACUCGUGAAAUAUAUUUCUCGAUUAUGUGGAA